ACGCUCACACACCUGAAAACCUCUUCAGAUCCUGAGCGCCUCGUCCCCGGUUGAUGCCGAGGAUCAUGACCAUGAACGGUGACCACCAGUCGGUUGGCACAGCGCCGCUGGAUUUGCGCACCACUAACCGAGAGCGUGGGAGCGCCGGGUCGAGGACUACGGACUGCAAAGGUCGCGUCAGGGACUCUCGGAUGACAGGCGGCUCACCUGCACUCUCUGCGUACACGGGAGCGGACAGCUGCCCCGCCGUCACACCGGGCACAUCGGGCUCAGAAACCGGUGCUUCUCGCAAACGACCAGCAGACAAAUCUUCCUCCAGGCUUCCUUUUAGGAAACGCCCGAUUCCUGUCGAAGAGACCCAAAGGCAGUCACCGGCUCUGCCACAGAGUGCAGACCGCGUUUCCCCUGCGGUAGAAGCGGACUUCACGCUUCGGGAAAGUUUUGCCGAUCGAGCCGCGGAUGAAAGUAGGAUCGGCGCAGCACCGGUGACUCCCAGGCGGGAUGAAGAGGCACGACAGAGUCCAAAUGGAUAUCCAAUCCGCUUUUUGCAGCCGUUUGAUUACAGUCCCUACCCAGUGUACUGUUUCCCUGUCCCAGAGCCGAGCCACCCUCUGGUCCACCAAACCGAAAACCUGCUGGCUGGUAUCGCUCUGGCCACACGUCAAGAUGAAGAUGGAGACACAGCUCUCCAUAUAGCUGUGGUGCAGGGGGAGUUGGGCAUCGUCUACAAACUGAUUCAACUCCUGCUGUGGGCUCGCAGAGGCCUUGAUAUAUACAACAACCUCCGUCAGACUCCCCUUCAUCUGGCAGUGAUAACCCAGCAGACAAACAUGGUGGAGGUUUUGCUGAAGGAGGGGGCUGACCCCGCUGCCUUGGACCGUAAUGGCCAAACAGCAAUCCACCUCUGCUGCGAAUACAACCAGCGUGACUGUCUGUCUGUUGUGCUCUCUCACUCCUCAUCCUCCACAUGCCUGGAGAUAAGAAACUAUGAGGGUUGGAGCCCUCUCCAUUUGGCUGUGCUGCGUGGUCACAAAGAUUUGGCCAGAAUGCUGCUGGAUGCAGGUGCCGACAUCAAUGCUAUGGACAUCAAAAGUGGACAGAGUCCUCUCAUGCAUGCGGUGGAGAGCAACAACGCAGACAUGGUCCACUUCCUCAUUGAGAGUGGCUGUGAUGUCAACAGCCAGUCAUACAGUGGGAACACAGCCCUGCACAGCGCCUGUGGCCGAGGUCAGGUGGACACAGUGCGGCUGCUGCUGAAGAGUGGGGCUGACAGCAGCCUCAAGAACUACCAUAAUGACACCCCUGUCAUGGUGGCCAAGAACAAGAAAAUAACAGAUGUGUUAAGAGGGAGAGGCUCCAACCCAUUAAGAGUUCAAGAUCAGCACUGUGUGUCUGUCUCACCACAUGGGAGCAACUUAACGGAAAAUGGGUCCCCAUCUCCCAACCACAGUCGUGGAUGUUCGCCUACGACUACACCACACACACCUCAUCAUAGCACCUCCCACUCUCCAAAGACUCCAUCUGCGCUUCUAUUUUACUAACUCAAACUUGUUGUCCAGUGCAACUCGCAACUACCUCCACACAUCCAACCAACAAAGAGACUUAAGUGCCUAAAAGGACUUCCACAAGAAGUUUUAGCCAAUGGGAGACUGCACCUGAAAUUAGACUUCUCUACAAGCUGGCCUUGUUUUUCUGGAGUCCAUGACAAAAGACAGUCAUCAUUGGUGUCCCUCCUGAUGCCUGGACAGAAACCCUGCAACCUCCCUGCACAUCCAGCUGCUGUUAUGUGCAAUCCCCUAAUCCUGCUGCAGGGAUCACCAGGAUUUUUCCACAUGCAGCAACAGAAAUGUGCCACUGCCUGCCAAUCAAGAACAAUAAACAAUCAAUGAACUGUUAUUGUUUUUUUGUGGGGCUUUCAUUGCCUUUGAUCGAUUGCGACAGGAAAGGCGGGAGUGAGAGGCCG